CAAUAUAUAAGUAUAUCAUCACAAUUCGAAAUGAAAAGGCUAAUAUAGAGUACUGACUUUAAUGUGGCAAUUCCUAUAAAUAGCACAAAACAUGCAAUUAAUGAUGAUUACUACAUGUUCCAAAAAUAUAAAUGCUCCUCGCCAGCAAUUUUAGGGGAUGUCCUUCGUUGUAACACACCAGUCUAAUCCUAACUAUCACCUAACGAAAACUAAUAAAAAAGUUGCUUUUCACUUUUAUCAGACAACUUUGAUUUUUCUGUUAAAGAUGUAUCUCGAAAAUAUAAUAACGGAUCUCGAUAAUUAAGCAUUUAAAAAGAAAAUGAAGAAGAAACAGUUAAAAUUUAGAGAAUAAUUCAGCAGGAAUAAAUUAUUCUUGAAGAAUAGGAGAUUUUAAAUAAAAAAUUACAAAACAUCAGAUCGGAUACUAACCAAAAAUUAGAGGAACUUGAUAAAUAAUAUCUUCAAAGGAGGUCAGAGAUCAUCAAAUAACUAUAAUUCUCUAUUGGCUAAUAUAGUAGCAAUAUAAGAGAUAGUUAAACUAAAGAGCCACCUUUAAAAAGCGCUCUAAAGAAAAAAGAAAAUAAAAGACAACACACAUAAGAUAAAUAUUAAAAUGAAUUAAAUGAUGAAGAUUCUUAAGAUGACUGGAACUUUAUACAUCAAGCUAAAAUAAACCUUGAAAAAUAAAGGACAUAUUAAAACACUGACGAUGAACGAACUCCCUCUAAGGUUCGAUUUGUUAGUACUAAAGACGCUAAUUAGUAAAAGAAAAUGCGAAAAAGCAUCAAUAUAUCUGAUUUAAACAUGUUUUAAAAAUUUAGGCAUUGA